AUGGGCUACCAUCAAGACGCUCAACUAUAUUCCAAUAUCUCCGUAUUCGAAGCGGAAAUGCGUCGACGAACGUGGCUUUUCUUGCAAGUCGCCGAUUGCAUGGUGUCGUGUCUCAUCGGCGUCCCAAGGGUUAUCACAGGAAAACUGGGCGAUACCGAGUUCCCACGAGAUAUCAUAGACGAAGAUUUCGGACCAACAACCGUCGAGCUACCACCAUCACAAUCUAUAUCCAAAAGGCCUACCAGCAUCACUUACAUGGUCGCCCUCAGACGGAUCAUGACGGUCUACAAUGAGAUGAUGGAUACUAUAUCAUCCAAGAAACUAAUAUACGACGAGACUCUCAAACUAAAUAACGACCUUGAAGUCGCCCGGGACCACAUCCCACCCCUCUUGCGCAUGCAUGCUCUCGACUACAACUGUCCGAAGGCAGAUAACGAUCUCAUUAUUGAGCGACACAUGUUGGAAAUCACGUUCCAACGCGCGCGCUGUAUCUUGCAUAGGCAGUACCUGUUAUCAAAUCGGGGCGAAAGCAUGAAUCAGGAUCUCCGAAGGACGUGCGCUCAUGCCGCACAGCGAAUAAUCGAACUUCAAAUUAAGCUAUUCCAGGAGAUCAUACCGCGGGCUCGCCAAUAUCGAAGAACUUGGUUUGGCGCUUCCAUGUGCAUCACAGAUUGCUUGACGGCUGCCAUGAUUAUCUGCUUCGAGAUCAUCAAUUUAUCGCAGGCUGAAAAGCAAUCACACUCCAAGAAAAUUGCUGGCUUCAUCGAGCUACUGAGGAGCUUGUACAAUAUCUGGAAGGUUGCUCCAGAGCCGUCGUUUGAGACCUCUCAGGCUGCUGAUACGUUGGCCGCGAUGUUUAAACUGGUACAGUCGGGCGAUGCAAAUAUUACUCUGCACUCCUCGGGCCCGGUUCUCUCCAAUGAUCAGGAUAGGCAGGCUCUCCCUGGAUCUCUCUCGGGGUCUGCAGACGGAAGAGUGGAAAUGCAAGAUCCCUUAACUUUGGGGUGUUUGCAGGAUCUGUUGAAUACCGAUUGGGCAUUUGAGAUGUUUGACUGGGUAAGAAAUACGUUGUACGUUGCGCCUUGUUUCCAACAUUUGCUGAUUAUACUCGUUUUGCAGGGUUUGUGGGAUCAUGAAAUGCAGGAACUCAGUGGCAUCAUUUCGAAUAAUAUGUCCGGUUGA